GAAGACAUGGGUCAUGCCAUUGCCAGUUGUAAACCAAAAGGUUCCCUCCUAAUUAACUCAGCUGCCCAAACACGGCCUUAGGCCUCAAGAGCUUCCCCCCUCCCUUUCUCCUGUCUCCCGCCGCUAAUUGCGCCUCCUUGCUCACGCGCCUCCUCCGCCGCCGCCGCCGGGAUCACAGGAUUUCUGCAGCCGCUGCCGAUUCUAAGAGAUUCAGGCGGAAAUAAGAGGAACCCAAGCCCCAUUUCCAGAAGUUCUCUGGUAAAGGGGCUCUGUUUGACACAUAAUCUUGGAAGUACUCCACAUUUAACCUUCAUAUAGAAAUGCAGCAAUCUCUUCCGCCCAAAGGCCAAAAAUGACCCAAUAGAGUCAUGGUUUUGGACCUUAGGAGUUGGAGGGAUGCAAAUUUUUAGUGUGCAAGUACUGUUAUAAAUGUCAGUCUUGCUUCAGCGCCUCAAAUGGAUAAUCAAAGGUUUCAAUAAAUCAGCUGUAAUGAAUGCUAAGAGGUUAGAUGGGCCUGAUGUGAAGCCCUUGCCUGAGAUAACACUACAUCAGUCAAAAAAGCAGUCGUCCGGGAAGUCUAAUGGCCUUAAGCCUAAUCAUGAAUUGUUUAACGGGCCAGUUUUGGAUGCCGUACAUGAGAUAUCCAUUUACAUUCAUCGAUUUCACAAUCUCGACUUGUUUCAGCAAGGUUGGUAUCAACUCAAGAUCACGAUAAAGUGGGAAGAUGGUGAUACUAGUUCCUUUGGAACACCAUCAAGAGUUGUACAAUAUGAAGCUCCUGAUUUGGGUUCUGAUGAUAUAUAUGGCGUCUGGAGAAUUGAUGACAGUGACCAUAGCUUUUCAACACAACCGUUUCGAAUCAGAUAUGCAAGACAGGAUGUUCUGUUGGCAAUGAUGGUCUCUUUUAAUCUUUCUCCUAAUAAAAUUGAGAGUCCACCCACCUCUUCUGUUACUCUGAGGUUCGAGCUCUUGUACAGUCCUGUGUUGGAGAACAGGUUAAAUCUUCAGACUUGUUUGGAUACAAGCCCUGCUGCAGUCCAUGAAUUUCGACUUCCCCCCAAAGCUCUUAUGGGGCUGCAUGCAUAUUGUCCUGUUCACUUUGAUGCUUUUCAUUCUGUGUUAGUUGAUACCACUGUACAUGUGAGCCUGUUGAAAAGUGAAGUCUACAAUUCCUCGCUGAAGGUACCCAGUGAGGCGAAAGCUACCGAAGAUAGCAUCAACGGGGAGAAUGAUAAAUCACAGCAAGCUGUGUUUGUAAAAUCAUUAUCGAGUUCUCGCGACAUACUUCUGGAAGACCUAGAAAAGAUUAGCACGGCUAUCAAUGAGCCAAUUGAUCCUAAAGAUAUUACUCCUAAUGAAUUGUUUGGUCCAAGUCUAAGUUCUAGUUGGCAAAUAGCUGAUGGUGAAGUUUCAAGUCGUGUUUCAAGCAUUGCUUUCAAUAAUACCUUGGAGGAAUCAAACGGUGAAGUUGAUUUUGAUCAAGACGGUUUUUCUCUCCAUGCUAUGUCCGAAGAUGAUAUAAUGAAGUCAAUCAACUCGAUCGGCAAUCAAGUGUUUCACUUGUGGACCACGUUUUUAAACUAUCACAGGGCUAACACAAAGAAGAUCCUCGAACUUCUUCGCAAUCAAUGGGCGGCUGAUCGAAAGGCCGAAUGGUCGAUUUGGAUGGUCUACACUAAAGUCGAGAUGCCUCAUCAAUAUAUUAGCAGUGUGGUGGAUGAUUCAUCUAGCCAUGGGUCACGUGGCAGAGGAAAUUUACGGAAGCCAAGCGUCGAUCCUGUACAGACUGCUACCAUGCGAGCGGAGCUUCAUAGGCGAAGUAUUGCACAGAUGAGGAUGAACAAUCGGUCUAUUCAAGACUUGCAAAUAUUCGGGGACCCAUCACGCAUACCCAUUGUAGUCAUAGAACGUGUUGUUAAUGCACCCGUACGUUCAACUAGUGGAAAUUCUUACUUUACCCAAAGGGACCAGAAAGAUAUCGAUGCCUUAAUAGCUGGGGUCGAAGCUAACCCGCCGAACAAGUUGCCGGUCACCACUCGACAAAAUGGCUGUGUUCUGAAGAUUGUUGUUUUUGUCCAUGGAUUCCAGGCAUGCUUUUACGAUAUAUGCUCAUCUGGAAACAUCUACAAACAUCUGGAAACAUCUGGACUUUUUUUUAUUCUAAAAGAUCCAUUUUGUGUGCAGGGACAUCAUCUAGACUUAAGACUCAUACGUAAUCAGUGGCUUCUGAUAGAUCCAAAGGUGGAAUUUUUAAUGUCCGAGGCCAAUGAGGAUAAGACAUCUGGUGAUUUUAGAGAAAUGGGAGAAAGAUUAGCACAAGAGGUUGUAUCUUUUAUCAAAAAGAAAAUGGAUAAAGCAUCCAGAACUGGGGUCUUAACGACAAUUAAGCUUAGCUUUGUUGGGCAUUCCAUUGGAAAUAUCAUAUUGAGAACUGCACUUACAGAUAGCAUUAUGGAACCUUAUCUGAGAUACCUUCAUACGUAUAUCUCUGUCUCUGGCCCACAUCUCGGUUAUCUUUACAGUUCAAACUCUUUGUUUAAUGGGGGUUUGUGGCUCUUGAAGAAACUCAAAGGAACACAAUGCAUUCACCAGUUAACUUUUACAGAUGAUCCCGAUUUGCAAAAUACUUUCUUGUACAAACUGUGUAAGCAAAAGACACUGGAGCAUUUCAAAAACAUUAUUUUGUUGUCUUCACCUCAGGACGGUUAUGUCCCAUACCACUCUGCCAGAAUCGAGACUUGCCCGGCAUCUUCCGGAGACUUCUCUAAAAAAGGCAAAGUCUUUCUAGAAAUGCUCAACGAUUGCUUGGACCAAAUCCGAGCCCCAUCCUCCGAGCAUCGGGUUUUCAUGCGAUGUGACGUUAAUUUCGACAUUUCCUUACACGGCCGAAACCUCAACACUAUAAUCGGUCGAGCAGCCCACAUUGAGUUCCUUGAGGCCGAUAGCUUCGCCAAGUUCAUCAUGUGGUCCUUCCCGGACUUAUUCCGUUGACCCAAACAGCCGUAAAACAGUGGUACCAAAAGAGAAAAUCAUUUUUUUUUUUACCAUUUGCACUCCAAUAUUUUUACUGAGAGGAAUCAAGAUUAGGUACUGCUAGAAAUGUACAUUAAUAUGUGCUGUUUAAGUUAAAAUAGGGAUUGUGAUGUAGUUUAUUCAAGCAAAUGUUGCUAGAUCACCUUCAAUUUGGAGUCUCAUAAUUGUAUAAUAUAGACUAGAACAUAUAUGUAAGAGAAGGGAAAAGUCUAUGUAGGGCUUCAAAUGGUGUAGGUGGGUUUAUUAUACCAAGUGUUUAGUAGGGUUUAUGUGGUGUAAUGUAUUUUUUUUUUUUUUUUUUUNCAUGUUUGGAUAGUUUAUUUAUAAAUUAAUUGAUG